GCCUCUAAUUAUUUCUCUGAUAACUUCCUACCCUUCAGGGACUUCCUGAGCUACUGGUCAUGACUCUGUGAGCCAGUGGUGGCAGCAUCCAGCCUAUUUUCUGCAGUUUUCCAGCUUUUGGUCAGUGGACCGUGUAUGCAUGCAGCUGAGACCUGUUCCAUGCCAAGUUGAGAAGUGUUUGUGACCCAGCAGUGUUUUGCUAUUGCAAUUUGACAAACCUCGAUCAGACUGCUGUGGUGAUCAUGUCUGCUGUCUGGGUAACAGCCUUGCAGUUGGACUUCUAGAAGACCAUGGGCCAAAGUUUUAAAGACAGUAAGUGUGGUGACCAAGUAGGAGUAUCUGGCUGUGCAGAGUCAGAGUGGCCUUGUAAAGUACUAGUGGAAUUCUGAUGACAAGUGGGGCUCUGUUCAUGUUUCUUUUCUAAUUCUGCAUCUGGGACCAGACCCAUCUUGCAUAAUCAGAAGCAUCUGGCGUAUAAACUUCAGAGCUGAUCAAGAGAGUCUGAACAAGCCUGAGGGAGAUGUAAUGAAGUUGGAGAUAACAUGCUUCUUGAAAGCCUCCUUGGAUGUGGGAAUAAGGUGCUGGCACCUGAGUGCCACAGCUGGGACGACCUGUUAGGGAUCUGCUGGAGAAGCACCUUUUAUAUAACAGCAGGAAUGGGACGGAGUUGAGCAGUUGUGGAAACAGCUGAAAACAAGCAUUCCACUUAGUUCCUGAAAUUGCAAUGGAAAAGUCGUGGAUUUCCUCCUGGACCAAUCCCACUUCCCAUUGUUGGAGGUGUCUGGCGGAUAAAUUUUAGAGCUGAUCAUAGGAGCCUGAAAAAGCUAGCAAAAAUCUAUGGCAACAUCUGCACCCUGUGGCUGGGUCACAAACCUAUGGUGGUGCUUUAUGGAUUCAAAGCUGUGAAGGAUGGUCUCACCGUCAACUCAGAGGAUGUUUCUGGGCGACUACAGACCUAUAUGUUCAACAAAUUUUCACGUGGAAGAGGUAUCCUGGUCUCAAAUGGUCUCAUCUGGAAACAUCAGAGACGUUUUGGAAUUGCAACGCUCCGGAAACUUGGAAUGGGGAACAAAGGAAUGGAACGUGGGAUACAAACCGAGGCCUAUCACUUGGUCAAGUUCUUCAAGGACAAAGACGGAGAAGCUGUUGACCCUUCAUUCCCCAUUGUUCAUGCCGUCUCUAAUGUGAUCUGUGCUGUGGUCUUUGGACAUCGUUUCUCCCUGCAGGAUGAAACUUUCCGCCAGCUGAUUGAAGCAUACAAUUGUGUAGUGGCUUUUGGGAACAGCUACACUUACUAUAUAUAUGAAAUUUUCCAAUGGUCUUUAGCGUGCUUUCCGGGACCUCUACAAAAACUAGAAUCUCGCUGUGAUUUUGUUCGUUCUUUCGUAAGGCAGGAAAUCAAAAAACACAGGGAAAAAGGCACCAUAGAUGAACCAGAAGAUUUCAUUGACUUUUACCUGGAUCAGAUAGAGAAAGCUAAAAAUGUCCCAGAUUCUACUUAUGAUGAAGAAAACAUGGUGCAGUCUGUUUUUGACCUCUUCCUGGGCGGCUCUGAGACCACUGCUACCACUCUGCGUUGGGCUCUGCUCUAUAUGGUGGCUUAUCCUGACAUCCAAGAAAAAGUCCAGAAAGAGCUGGAUGUCGUUUUGGGUUCUUCUCAUCAAAUCUGCUAUGAGGAUCGGAAGAAACUGCCUUAUACAAAUGCUGUGGUUCAUGAGAUCAUUCGCUUUAGUAGCAUUAUUUUAAUCACAAUUCCUAGAGAAGUAGUGAAAGAUACAACUGUGCUGGGGUAUCACCUUCCAAAGGGUACUGUGGUUAUGGCAAAUAUAGAUUCAACUCUUUUUGACCCUGAAUACUGGGAGACCCCUCACCAGUUCAACCCUGGUCAUUUCUUGGACAAGGAUGGAAAUUUUGUGACCCGAGAGGCCUUCUUAGCCUUCUCAGCAGGACACCGUGUAUGCCUGGGAGAGGUGCUGGCGAAGAUGGAGCUCUUCAUCAUCUUCUGCAGCCUGCUGCAGAUUUUCAAGUUCACUCUACCAGAAGGAGUUAAGGAAGUCAACAUGGACAUUAUCUUCGGGAGCACAAUGAAACCCCAUCCAUAUAAGCUCUGUGCCAAUCUUCGCUAGGUUGCAGAGUAUGACAGGUUUGAGGAAGAGGCACUGACACAGGCUUGCUAGUUCACCUUUUAUGUUCUUCAUUUCUAGCCCAGAUUCAUUGUCAGUCUGCUCCUGUUGUGUCACGUGUCUAAGAAGCUGGUUGUGAAACAUAUUAUGUUUUUCUUUUUUCCUUGUGUCUGGAAAACCUAUGUAUGCUUUUCUUGUGUAUUAGAAAUGAAAUAAACACACAGAAAAUGA